AUGGCGAUGAUGAUGACUGGCCGUGUGCUGCUGGUGUGUGUCCUCUGCGUGCUGUGGUGCGGUGCCGGCGGCGGCUGUGCUGCAGGAGAGGAUGCGGAAGAUGAUGGUUCUGUGAGGGGUGGUAAGGGUUUGUCAAUAAAUCCGGAAAAUGUGAUCUCAGCACCAGGGGCUUUAGGCGCACCAAAGCCACAUGCAGGAGUUGGACAAGAAGAACCUCUCACACCUAAAGAAGUGCCUCCGCAAACUACUGAAGAAAUUCCUGAGGAUGAUGCCGAAGACGAAGGAGAAAACUCUUCUGAAGAAGAGAAUAACAGUGGUAGAAUAAAUGACAGUACCAAAAGAAUAAGGGUGGAAGAGAAAAAAGAGACGCCCGCAAAGGAGUCCCUACCAGUAAAGGACUCGCAUUCACCUCAAGUACAGGAAGGAUUGAAAGAAAAAGAUAACACGGAACCCAAGACACGCAAAGAGAAAAAAAAAGAGGAAGGACCACCACCACCAGUAUCAACAGCACAACCAACAACAUUGGCAACAACACAAACACCGGAAGUAAAACUGCCUGGACGAAAAACACCCCACGUAGCUCCAGAAGGAGACGCAAGCCAAAAAGGAUUAAACGAUGCACAGACUUUGACACAUCAAAAGCAUGAAAACUCAUCGUCACAAACAGAAACGACGGCCGAACCACCGGAAGAUCCCUCAGAGGGUAUUGUGGCAGAGCAACAAGGUCAAGCCACAGCCACAGAGAAUUUGACGGAGAAUGCACCUGCCACCAAUCAGGAGGAAACAACAGCAUCAUCAAACUCCACAAGUAGCGGUGAUGAAGCCCGGAGUACGGCGGAUGAGAAUACUGCCAAUGCUCAGCGGCCCAACCCGAAUGAAUCACAUGAUGAUCUUGAAGGUAGUGAUACCCACCCAGCUCCCACGGCCGGUGAGGCAGCACCUCAAACAGGAGGAACAAUCACCACCGCCAACACAACUGAUACGGCGACGCCUGGCGACAGCGACAGCAGCACCGCAGUCUCCCACACCACCUCCCCUCUUUUGCUUCUUCUUUUUGUUGCGUGUGCGGCUGCGGCUGCGGUGGUGGCCGCGUGA